AUGAAUCAGAAAGACAUUAUUGCAAAGAAUUUUAAAGUUGAAACAAAGAUUAUUGAAGCAGCCAAAAAUAGAAAAUUAAAGAGCGUAUUAGUACCGGGCAUCGAUACUUUAUAUAUUGUUUAUGACUUAUAUACACAAAUAUUAGAUAAGAGUUCAUUUAAUGAUAAAUAUUUGAUCAAUUUUUUAUUUCUCCAUGGUAGUGGGAUGAAUAGAGUCAUUUGGGAAUAUUAUAUUGCUCGAAUAACACAAAUAAUUAAUUCGAAUAAUUCAAGUCUACAAUGGCAAAUCAAUAAAGUCAUUUUACUGGAUCAAGUAAAUCAUGGAGAUUCUGCUGAAUUGAACAGAUUUAAACUAGGAGUUGAUUUUGAUUGGAAUGAUGGAGCCAAGGAUGCAUGUAAAGUAUCAUUAAAGGAAUUUCAACAAAAUGAAAUAAAUAUUGUUAUUGGGCACUCAAUGGGUGGGUUCCAAGCACUCUCUUGUGGGGUUUUCUGUUCUGAGUUUUUCAAUUUGAUUAUCACUGUUGAGCCUGUAUUAGUGCCACAUAUAAAAAUAAAAAAUUACAAAUCACCCACAUCUAUGCAUUCAAAGUUUUUCCAUUCCAUAUGGAGUAAAACAAAGGACACUUUUAACAGUGAAGCAGAAUACAUACGAUUUAUGGAGAAUGACAGCUUUUAUACAAGAGUUUUAUCGGACAUACGUGAUAGAAUAAUUGAAUUUGAGAUGAUCCCCAUUAAUAAGAAGGGUCAAAUUAGAACUAAAAUGACUCAAUUACAAAAUACUUUAUGUUAUAUGACUUUAAAUCCAGGAGCAGCAUGGCUGAUUGAUAAUUUAAAAUUUAUCACUUCCUCUGUUUGUUGUAUUUUAGGUGGAGUAUCAAAUUGGACACCUAAAGAAAAUCGAGAAGUUAUUGAAACUUCGAUAUCUUGUAUUGAAACACAUAUAAUUGAGGAUGGAGACCACUUAUUAAAUUUAGAGAUCCCAGAUAUUGUCAUUAAUAAGAUUAUUGAGAGAAUCUCCUUCCAUAUUAAGGAAAACCACGAUCAACUUAAAUUGAAAUCGAAUGAUCUAAGUAAUAUUCAAAGGCAAACUCAAUUUACCAAAAAUUAUGAAAGUUAUUGCAAAGAAAGAAUAAUUGAUUACUCGAAAUCUGCUUUAUCUAAAUUAUAA